AUGAAAACAUUAAGAAAAGCUGAGAUGUUUAAAAAAGAUCAAUUGGCACAUGUGAGAUCUGAACGUGAUGUUUUAGCCGAAUGCGAUUCUCCUUGGGUAGUUCAAUUAUACUACUCAUUCCAAGAUCCUUCGUAUCUCUAUCUUAUCAUGGAAUUCUUGCCUGGUGGAGAUUUAAUGACUAUGCUUAUACAACAUGACACAUUUCGCGAAGACAUAACGCGUUUCUAUAUUGCUGAAUGUGUAUUGGCUAUCGAGGCUAUUCACAAAUUAGAUUUCAUUCAUAGAGAUAUUAAGCCAGAUAAUAUAUUAAUUGAUAAGAAUGGUCAUAUAAAAUUAUCUGAUUUCGGACUUUCCACCGAUAUUUUAUCGGGAUUGGUUGAUUCAGAUAAUUACAAGUGCAAUAAUGGUGGUAAAAUAAUGGUAAAUGAUAACAGUGAUGGUUAA